GCGUCUCCAUUUUGCACUGCCGUAGACCGCAUGAAAUAAAAAAUCGGUGUGUCGAAAAAGUGACUAAAAAAUAUUUAUAAUUAUAAUUUUAUCAUUUAAAAAUACUUAAAACAUAAUUUACAAUAAAUAUUGUAUAUGAAAAACAAUAAUUCAUCUAAACAAAUGCAAAGAAUAAAGUGAAAAAAGUUUACUAAAGAAAAACUAAAAUUUUUCCAGCAUACUAGAAAAAAAAGCUUGCGAAAAACCGAUAAGAGAGGAUUCGUCGUCAAAUCAAAAAAAGGACGUGUAAAAUUUGUUCUUCAUUUUUAUUUCAACACCCCGAGAAGAAAUAAAAAAUAUUUUCUGCACCAUCAUGGAGGAAUAGUAUUGAAAAUAAUUUCAAUUUAUUUCAUACUUAUUACGUUAUUGGUGAAACCAGAGUUGGAGAGAAUACAUUUUUUUAUUAAUUUGGCGAGACACCGAGAAGAGUUACUAAAACACAAUGAUGUUCACGGGAACUAAUCAACAGCAGGACACGCGUUUUAGCGACAAGGAAAAAAAACUCAUGAAGCAAAUGAAGUUUGGAGAUUGCCUCAGCAAACGGGUCGAUAUGUCUAAAGUUAAAUUGGACGUCCUCCGACCAUGGAUAAGCAAGAAAAUCACUGACAUUCUACACAUCGAAGACGAUGUUGUUGUUGAGUUUGUUUACAAUCAAUUGGAAGAGGAGAAAUUCCCAUGUCCAAAGAAAAUGCAAAUUAAUAUGACUGGAUUUCUCAAUGGACGAAAUGCUAGGCAAUUUAUGGAAGAACUUUGGGCAUUGCUACUAUCGGCCCAAGAAAGUGAGAGUGGAAUACCAGCUGAAUUUAUUAAUCAGAAAAAAGAAGAAAUACUAAAACGUGAAGAGGAGUCGUCACAUGGCAAUUCAUCUUCAUCGAAACGUGAUCGUUCGGGUGAAAGAGAACGAGAUUUCAGCGAUAGUCGACGACGAGAACGUUCGAAUGAGUUGUCUUCAAAUUUGCCCCAUAAUCAUAGUGCGAUUGAACAGGUUAGGUCACACUUGAAAGCUGCUAAAUCUAGAUCUAAGUCGCCUGAAGCAAAUAAUGUUGGAGGUAGUAAUUCAAAAGAUACAACUGUCGAUUCUAGUGGUGCUGGGAAGGCAUCUUCAUCUUCCACGGCUGCAGAAAAAGUCAAAGAUCGUUCUAAGUCACCGACGACCAGAGAUCGAGCCAGGUCUCCGCGUCCAAAGUCAAGAAAUAGAUCGCCAAAGAAGUCAUCCAGAGAAAGAUCGGCCAGACGUUGGGACUCAUCGAGGGAUAGAAGGCGUUCAAGAUCACGCCAUCGAUCACCAGAAAGAAGACGUCGCAGCCGUUCAAGGGAUCGUAAGCCACCACCACGUGGUAAGUCACCAAGCCGAAGACGUUCUCGUUCAGUGUCAAGACCUAAAAGAGCCAGUUCACGAACUGAUUAUCGGGCACCAGAUAAGAAAUCUAAAUCUAAGUCACCGGUUAAGAGGAAGGAAGUUUCGGCUUCUCCGAAACCAACUGACACCUCAGUGAAUGGACACGAUGCAGAUGGAUCAAAGAAAUUGACCAAAGUCCAAGCUAAGCUUUUGGAUUUAGCAAGUGCACCUAAACGAAAUGACAAAAGUCGUUCGAAGAGUUCUGAUUCACAUUCAUCGGCUAAAUCUAGAAGCCGAAAACCUGAUGUAAACAAAAGACGCUCCAGAUCAAGAUCUGUAGCUAAAAAGGGAAAAUCUCGAUCGUCAAGUUCCUCGUCGUCAUCGUCAGCUUCAUCGGCUGGCCGUAAAAAACCACGACGUUCACGUUCUGAGACAAGUUUGUCACUAUCUCCAGCAAAUGGAAAAGAUGACUUUGAAAUUCGCAAAAAUCAAAAUAGCGUACAGAAGAAACGGCAAUACAGAAAUAAUCGAGAAUCAUCAUCGAGCAGCUCAUUGGACAAAGCUCCACCAAGAAGACAGGAAAUGCGACGCUUUGAUCAAGGACGUAGAUCGCCACGGGGCCGUAGUCCACCUCGAGGCGGAGGAGGAGGUGGCGGACGGAAUCGGUCACGAUCACCGAUGCGUCAACGAUCGCGUUCACGUCGGCGAUCCCGCUCACGCAUACGAUCCAGAUCAAGAAACCGUUCCAGAUCACCAAUGAGGCGUUCAAGGUCGCCAAGAAGAUUUAUGAAUAGGCGUCGAUCACCAAAUAACCGCGGUCGUGGUGGGGGAGGACGUGGUGGUCGUGGCCUAGGUGGAAAUCGUCGUCGAAGUAUGAGUCGUGAUCGUAUGCGUCGCAACAUGUCUCCACGUCGAUCCCCACGAAGGUCUCCAUUUGAUCGUAGAUCCCCAAUGAGACGGCAAUCACGUGAUCGUAAGUUCUCACCUCCCAUGCGUGACCGACGAUCUUCACCAUUCCGUGAUAGGAAGAUUUCACCACCUCCACGUCGCCCCUCACCUUUGCCAAUGCAGCGAAGAUCACGUGAACGUCGCUCUCCAAUGAUGAGAGCAUCGCGUGAUCGACGAAUUUCGCCCAUGAAUGCAUCAAGAGAUCGACGGCGAAUGUCCCCAAUGAGAAUGUCUCCCCGCCGUCCUUCACCACCACCAGGGCGUAUGUCGCGAGACAGACGUUCCUCUCCUCCACGUUCGCUACGUGAUGGUCGACCAGGAUCACGCGAUAGACUUCCAUCGCCAAUGCCGCGUAUGCCGUCUCGCGAAAGCCGACCAAUAUCGCCAGCAAGACGUGGCAGUUUCCGUCGUUCCAUACCACGGCAAAUGUCUAAGCCAUUGCCAGUGCGAAAUGAGGAAAGAUGGGAACCUGCACCGCCACCGCACAAGCAGCGAGUCGAUCGAUCAAUCAGUCCAAAUUGGGAUACUGAAAUCGAUCGCGCCCCUCCAGUUCGGCAAAGGAGUGUAGAAAAACCAGACAGCCCUGUAAGAAAACCUGUUCGGCAUGAGAGGAAAAUGUCAAGAAAAUCUAGCAGCAGCUCAGAGCGAAAGAGUAGUCCUGAAAAGAAAGUCAAAUCUGGAUUCGAUCGAAAACCUAGUCCAGUUCGAAAGGAACGCAGUAUUGAUCGUUCGGCCGAUCAUCAUCUCCAUAAGCAUUUGGAGCCUUUCAAAGAGAAAAAAGAGAAUAAUUUCCGAGCUAAAGAGAAAACCGAAGUCGAGCGCCCACUUCCGCCAGUUGUUGUCGAACAAAUUAAAACUGUACCGAUUCCAUCUCGAAAACCUGUUCCUCGAGAUAAAUAUAGUACAAGUUUAUCAAGGACCCCGUCCCCAUUCCUCAAACCUCACGAACGUGAGAAAGGCAAAGAAAAACCAGCUGCCGCUCAAAAACAACCUGUUGCGGCUGCUGUUCCUGCAAAAGUUGUUCCCAAAAAGAACAAACCUAGCACCGAAUCUAGCUCUUCGGAUAGUUCUGACAGUGAUGACAGUGAACAAGAGCAAGAAGAACGUAAAGUUCAAAAAACUCGUCGCGGACGGUCAUCAUCAUCUGAUGACAAAAGUGAGAACGAAAAGCAGUCCAAGUUGCCCCCACCGGCAGCUAAAUUACGAAAAGAAAUCGAAAUCGAACGCAAACCGGAAAAACCUGUAGAAGCCCAAAAGCGAAAAGUAUCAACGGAGAAUAGAGAACAAGCAGACAAUAGCAAACGUUUGCGUCUGCCGGAGAAGAAAGAAAAACCCAAGAAAUCCGAUUCCGACUCCGAUGACGAUGAUCGUCCUGCAAACAAAAACACCGAUCGAACAGCUUCGCGUAAACGAACUGUUUCUUUAUCCAAAAAACCUCCACAAAAACCUAUAACAACCGGUAACGAUGAUUCUUCUGACUCAGAUCAACCCAAAAAGAAACGAAAGAAGGGUAAGAAGUCUCGACGUGACUCAGAUAGUGACAGUUCUUCAUAUUCAGAAGCCGAAUCCAAGAAAAAGAAACAUAAGAAACACAAAAAACACAGCAAAAAAAGCAAGAAACAUAAGAAACACAAGAGGAAGAGCAAAAAGGCUGAUAGUAGUUCGAGCAGCGACGACGAUGGACCAGCUGUUGUAAACGAGGAUCUGGAAAAACAACUUCGCGAAAGAGCUCUGAAAUCGAUGAAAAAAAUUGACUAGACUAAACAAACACAUCCGAUUUUAGACUGCUUUAGAUUUUGGGCCUAAAUUUCAAUCAUCAGAGAAGCAUUCUGCCGUUAAGAUAUUUUAGAAUCGUUCGUGUUCUGCAUUGCGCUUUUUUUUUCUUGUUUUAGAUUGUCAUUCCUUUUUGCUGUUAGUAAACCAUCAUUAUUUUAUGGCUUUUUAACUGAGGCUCUAUUAAUUACAACAACCUCCUCUCCAAUCCGAUUACGAUUUUCUCCAAUAAAUAAGAAAGCAAUCAAAACAGAAAUAAAGUAACAUUUUAUAUAGUUUACUUUAAGUUUGGUGUAGUAGACGACUUUUUGCGUAUGUUGAUGUUUUUUUUUUUUCUUCUUUUUUAAUAAUUACACCCUUUUUCGUUUUUGAGAUAUAGUAGCACUUUACAAUUUUAUAAAUUAUUAUAAAUUAUCUUAUUGAAUAACGAAGAGGACAUUUAAGACACUAAGGACUAUUCAUAAAUUAAAUAAUACAGAAUAAACAAAAAAAAAAUAUAUAAUAAUAUAAACAUAAGUACACACAUGAAAUAUAAAAACAUUUCAAUAAAUUUGUGUAAAAAUUAUUAUAGUAAAAAGAGUUUAAUUUGAAUGAAAUAAUAAAAUCAAUCCAGAAA